CAGCCCGCUGUCAUCCUCUACUUCAGCAUGCGUAGUUCCCACGAUCGAAGAACAUGAAAUGACUUACCAAUACGAGCCGAUUGUCACAGAUGAAGAGCUGCGUGUCCUUCUUCUAGAAUCAGGCGUGUUUGAAGAACCACUAGUUGGCAGUCUCUUGAUACGAAAGAUAGGAGAGAAAACGCUCUAUGAUAGAGACUGGGAUUGGGUUCCGAAAGGCGACGGCAAUGAAUGGGAUUGCGUAUCGUACUGCUGGGGAUCACAGAAAGAUUACACAUACUUCAGCUGUGACGGCUAUUCCCUUCGCAUCACAACCACGGUAGAGGAAAUGUUGAGGCAUCUACGAGAGCCGUUCAUGCCAUGAUAUCUUUGGAUAGAUGCCAUAUGUAUCAAUCAAGCUGAUAACAAAGAAAAGAGCCUACAAGUGCUCUCAAUGGGAAAGAUAUACACAAUUGCCAGCAAUGUGGUAGUUUGGCUCGGCCCAGCAACAGAUCAAGAUCGAAUAGAUGAUUUGCUCCGCAUAUUCGAUGAUCCGGACGUGGACAAACAUGCCUUUCGCGUGCCAACCAGGCCUAUCGAUUCGGUCUCUUUUGCAUUUCCGUCUCUCGAUGCGUUCUUUUCACGGGGGUGGUUCAGAAGAAGAUGGGUACUACAAGAAGUGGUUCUAAGCCGCGAAUUGACUAUACGAUGUGGACGUCAUGAAUUCACGUGGCAAUCGUUGAAACAUAGCGCGCAAGUUCGUUUGAAUCAUGAAGACAACUUCCAAUGGAGUGCUGGUACUCAAGAAGCCGCGAAGCAAGUCAUUAUGUUGUACGGGCAUAGGAGUAGCCCGAAAUCCACUUUGAACCAUGCCCGCUUAUCCGAUAGCGAAAGUAGAUUGAUCUACUCACGCAUACUUCUGCUGCUGUCAUCUUUUCAUGCGGCCCAAUGCGCAGACGAACGGGAUCGACUGUACUCGCUCUAUGGCAUGUCGCCUAGGUCUUACGAACAGUGUCCCGUGAACUAUGGAGUUCACUUCUCCCGCACCUAUACCGAUUUCGUUCACGCGGCCAUCAAGGCCGGCCUAGGUCAUGAAGUCCUUCAUCAUUCUACUACCUUCGGAAACCUCUCGCAGCAGGAUGAAAGCUGGCCUUCAUGGGUACCAAGCUGGAACACUAUGAACAAGAUGCCAGAUUUGGGGUCCUGUGUCUCUCUAGUCGUGAAAGAUCAAGAAAAUAGUCUGACGAGGAUUUUCUUCGCGAAUCCCAAAUGCUGGAAGUACAGUGCUGAAUUCACCAUGGUCAAUAUUGGAGAGAUGAAAGGAUUGUGCUUGUCUGGCAGGAUUCAUCCUAUCGGCGAUACCCAAACAAGCCGGGGCUGCAGUACCGCGAUGCAAUUCGUCAUGGACAGGUUGUCACGAUGGCCUGUUGCCGGACCGUCCCACGAUUCCUUAACCUUGGCAAGUCCAGUGUUAGCAGUCGCGAUGUAUAGCGUCAGGUUUUUAGGUAUCAAAAGCGAGGCUGACGUCGACAAGUUGUCCACAACGCUUUUACCCUCAGGCGAGGAAUCAACGCGGUGGACAGUAUUGUUAGGUCGACAGAUAGAUCUCAUACAUUGCACCAUUGAUACGGAGAUGCACGGUCAGUAUGCGUUCUGUCUCGAUACCAGCGAUGAACUCAUAUUUGGCCUUGCUUUUGUGCGUGUAGAGCCUGGAGACUUGGUAUUUCGCAGGAAAACGACCUCAUAUCCCGGACUUGUCGUUGAGCCUGUAUGUGCCCUGGUCAUUCGGCCAUAUCGAUCUUCCAACUCGCCACGUCAAGAUCUUUUCCGUCUCGUAGGUGUUUGUGUGGACUCUUGUGCUCUCAUGCAUGGCUCGGGUCCAAGGUACAAGGAGCGCGAUAUAUUUCUAGUCUAGAGAUCGGGAGAAGGCUGAUGCGUGAUGUGUGCCUUCCCUAGAGUGAUGUCGGACGAAAUGAUGAAAUGUGGAAGUCAAACAGCAUCGAAGAGCCUCAAACCAAACGGUAGCCCUUUUAUCAGUUGUGCCAGCAAAUACCGGCUCAUUGUUUCGCAUUUACAGUGUCUUUAGAAAAUCCAAUGUAAACUGAAUGAGUACGCUUUGCAGUAGCAGGCAUGUGCACAGCCCCGCCACAGCCUACCUGAA